CGGGCUUCAUAGAGCUGAGCGCAGCCCCAGUCACUGCCCCAGGUCUCUGUGGUCACUCACUGACGAUCAGUCUGCAUGCCCAGGUCCCUCCCAGCGAACCCUCGUCAGCCUAGAUCCUGCAGCCUGUGCAGCUCAGACUGUGAAGUCCUUGCACCUGAGGCCCAGCCUGAGGUCCCUGCACUCAAGGCCCAGUCCUUGUGCCUGAGGCCGGCGCAGUCUCGGCCCCACCAUGGUGGCGGGCAUGCUGCUGCCCCUGUCCCAGCUGCGGGCAUUGUACGAGCUGCUGUUCCGCGAUGGGGUUGUGGUGGCCAAGGAGAGCCGGUGCCCCCAGUCCCGGCACCCUGAGCUGCGGGCCCUGUCCAACCUGCAGGUGAUCCGGGCCCUGGGCUCACUGAAGUCUCGGGGGUUGGUGCGGGAGAGCUUCGUGUGGAGACACCACUACUGGUACCUGACGGACCAGGGUGUGGGCUUCCUUCGCCAGUACCUGCACCUUCCCCCCGACAUCGUGCCCGCCACCCUGCAGCGACAGGCCCAGCACCGCCCCAGCCUCCGGGCCCCCGGCCCCCUCCCCCGCCCCUCACCUCGGCCACCAGGAUCCUCCACCGUCGUUGAGCGGGGCAGGCAGGAGUAUCGCAAGAUCGAGGAGCUGAGAGACAAGAAGGGGCCCGAGGUGGGGCUGGUGUUGAACGGGACACCCUCAGCAGGUUAG